CUUUGUAGUCGACGCAACGUCGAGAAAAUCCAACGAGUUCUGUAUAUCUUCUUUUAUUCGGGAUACUGAACAAGAAUAUACAGCGCAAUUGACGUGCUUUUAUGCAGCGGAAUCUGCUGUUGAAUGACUCCUUGCCAACGGGCACACGGCCAUAUAAUUUCGUGAUAUUGUUAACAGCGACAUCGUUUCGUGGUCGAGCAAAUGGAAUGUCUGCGAAGAAUAAACAACCAUAAGUCGUCCUUAAUGGAUAGGACAAAAUGCAUAAUUUAUGUUCAAUUCGUCUUUCCACUACGUAAUUUUAAAUUAGAUAUGAUUGGUUAAUAUUUGAUGUAAAAUCGAAUUUAAAAUUCAUGCGUCAAUAAUUUAAAAAAAAUGUGUCAUUAAUAU